GUACACGACUGUCUCCUUCGUUCGGUACAACUGUCUCCUUCGUUCGGUUAUCCGUGGCACGAUCCACUCGCCAUAGGAGGAACGCCAUAUUAUUGGCCCAUUCCGGACGCCAUACGCCUCGCGAUCGCGAGAGUAUUUUGGCGUACGUCAGCGUGACAUCAGAGCGACGUAUAGGCAAUGCGGACACAUUUCUAACCGGCAUGCAUCUGCGGUGAUCACCAGUGAUCGAUUCUGCGCAGAUUUUGACCAUCUUAAACGAGCCUAAGAUCUUUAACCAGAACGCACCGCUUUAAGACAGAUUUCGAUCGAUCUGCGCAGCUCUGCUUGAAGUCGAACGCACCUAUUCAUUUCGCAUGGUGUCCGACUUCUCAUGUAGGCCUACAUUUUUCAGCCGUCUUUUUACUGCAGCCCCCUGCUCUCAUUUAUGUUACGAUGCAGUCAGGUCGAGGCGGAUUGUUUUUCCAGUGAGGCGACAACAAACCAAAAAGCUUCUGGGAUUCAGCACAGAAACUUUCUAAACGCUUAUGCAUCAUAUAUUCGGAAUUAAUUAUUUUUGGAAAAGUACUAAAAUUAUGCUGUUCUGUUGCUGGUGUUCGUUGCUGGUGUUCUGUUUCUGUUACGGUGCAAUCAGUAUUGAUCCAGACACAGUGUCAGCGAUGGAGGACGAUUCAGUCACUCUACACAUUGAUACUGAAACAAACCAACACGACGAUAUUAGGUGGUAUUUUAAUGGCAUUCGUAUUGCUCAAAUCUAUAGAGAUGGCAUUUCUAUUUGUCCAGGUGAUAAUUGUGAAAACGAUACUGAGAGAUUCAAAGACAGACUAAAGCUGGACAAACAGACUGGAUAUCUGACCAUCAUGAACAUCGGAAACAAAGAUGCUGGAAAAUAUAUACUCAAGAUUAUACAGACGAAUGACAUUUACGACAGGAUCUUCAUUGUUACCUUCAUUGGUGUGCCUGGUAAUGUUUCAGCAUCUGUGAAGGAGGGACAUUCAGUCACCGUUAAUACAGAUGUUAAAAGAAACCAACAAAAAUAUGUUAAGUGGAUUCUUAAUAACAUUACUAUCGCUCAAAUCAAUGGAGAUCUUGGUUAUACUUGUACCGAUGUUCAGUGCAAUGAUGGCAAUCAGAGAUUCAAAGACCGACUGAAGCUGGAUAAUCAGACUGGAUCUCUGACCAUCAUGAACACCAGCACUGCAGACUCUGGAGAUUAUUAUCUAGAAAUCAACAACAACACAUUCAGCAUCAUGAGGAGAUUCAGUGUUAAUGUCACUGAUUCAGCUCAUCCAGAAGAAGGGCCUGCUGUUACUGUCUAUGUGCUGAUAGCUGUUACUGUCUAUGUGCUGAUAGCUGUUGCUGUUGUUGGUGCUGCAGCAAUCUUAUAUUGGAAGUGUUGUAAAUCAUCAAAACAAAAUGGAAACGGGACAGAAGAACAAGAUACUAAGAUGAAUUCUGUAAAAUCUGAGCUCCUUUACUCUGGACAGAAUGCUGCUGCUAAUGAAGUGUCCGGAAAUCCUUCCACUCAAUUAUUGCCUGCUGACAAGAAUGGAUUGGCUAAUGGCGCAUUGUAACAUUAUUUUUAUUAUUAUUUGAAGGGUCCUGCUGAAAAGUUUACAUGAAGGGAAGUGCCACAAUAUUAGAAUGUCAGCAAGGGGACAAGCGGCAGCUGCAACAAGCUAGUCAAAACCAAGUUUUUACAAAGCCAUUUAAAUUCAAGAAAAACCAAAAAGUGCCUGAUGUUUUUAUGCAAGAGGGAAGGGAUUACAGUUUCUAAUGGGAUUCAGACAGAAAUGGGGUUUAGGUUUAAACGCAGUCAGAUAAAUAUGAAAUUCUAUUUUCUAAGUGUAAAUUCACACACUGUGAUCAAACAUUUCCACAGUUAAUAACCUUGUAAUUUUGGCAAAGUAUUUUUUCAUAGUCAUAUUGGUUUAGAAUUAUCCUUGCAUUAUAUUUCCAACUGGUUAAGUUACUGGUUCGUGUCGGUGCUUCUAGAACAACAGCUGGUGGCAAAUGUGUUAUCUUUCUAAUGAAAUAAUAUUAAUAACUAAUUUCCUCUUUUUGGGAACCACACCUUGCAGCGCCAUGUAUUUUAUAAUUUAGAAACCGGCCACUUUAUUAGGUACACCUGCAGAUUUGUCAGCUGCACAUUUCUAUAUGUGAAUCUCUUGUUCCACCACAUCCCAAAGGUGCUCUA